AGGGUGAUUCGUCUAUUUGAGCCGACUCCGCGCGACGGUCAUACUAAUUGCAGCAAAAAAACAAAAAACAAUGCAGACGCACACGCGAGUGUAAAAUGGAGUAUCCACAAAUUGAUUUAUACGAAUUCCUCACUGAGUCCGAGCUGCAGCAGUACUACAAUGCCGUCAAAAACGAAUUGAAAAUAUCGAAUGCGGCCCAGUUCAAGUAUGCGGCGGACGAGGAUUUGCGUUUCAUCGGGCUCUCGCGCCCGGAAAUCCGGAGGCUGCGCAAGUUCUACGAGAAGCACUUCCCGCACAGCUACCUCAGCAAGAUCAAGCGACUGCUGCAGGCGCCCGGCACGAUGGUGAAGCGGGAGGAGGCAUCCGGCGGCGGGGGUCAAGUGGCGCUCGACGGCGGUGGCGCCUCCGCCUGCUCCACGCUGGCCGCCAAGAACGGGGCCAGUUCGCCGGGCAAGGUGCCCAACAACAAGCACAUCAUUCCGGCGGACUCCAUUAGCGUAAACAAGCAGCUGGGCACCGGGGAGUUCGGGAUCGUGCAGCAGGGCGUCUGGUCCAAUGGCAGCGAGAGGAUCCAAGUGGCCAUUAAAUGCCUGUGCCGGGAGCGCAUGCAGUCGAAUCCAAUGGAAUUCCUCAAGGAAGCGGCCAUUAUGCAUUCCAUCGAGCACGAGAACAUCGUGCGGCUGUAUGGCGUCGUCCUGGCCACGGACUCGCUCAUGCUGGUCACCGAGCUGGCCCAUCUGCGCUCGCUGCUCGAGUGCCUCAAGGAUUCGGGGCUGCGCGUCAGCUUCCUGACCAUCCCCACGCUCUGUGAGUUCGCCCUGCAGAUCUGCAACGGGAUGCGUUACCUGGAGCAGAAGCGCCUCAUCCACCGGGACCUGGCGGCACGGAAUAUCCUGGUGUUCAGCAAGGACAAGGUCAAGAUCUCCGACUUUGGGUUGUCGCGGGCGCUGGGCGUGGGCAAGGAUUACUACAAGACCAACUUCAAUGUGAAUCUAAAGCUGCCGAUUGCGUGGUGUGCGCCCGAGUGCAUCAACUAUCUGCGCUUUACGAACGCCUCCGAUGUGUGGGCCUUUGGGGUCUGCCUCUGGGAGAUGUUCUCCUACGGCUUCCAGCCCUGGGCGGCACUGACCGGCCUGCAGAUCCUGGAGGCCAUCGAUGCACCCAACUACCAGCGCCUGGAGCAGCCCGACUGCUGUCCCAGCGAGUAUUACACUUUGAUGAUGAAGUGCUGGCAGGACGAUGCUGCCAAGCGACCGCGCUUCGGUGAGAUCUAUGACCAACUGCCCGACAUGAAGCCGGAGCAGCUAAAAGCUGUGGUGAAUUGUGCGGAGCCCAAGAAGGACCAUCUCCUCUAUCGCCAGGGCGAUAUUAUAAGCGUUCUGGACCGCAACACGGGCACUCCCUUCUGGAAGGGAGUGCUCAGCACCGGCAAAACGGGCUACUUCAACCCCUCCAACACGGUGGCCUUCCUCGAAGGUCUGCCCAGCUCCAGCCGCGACUCCUUCAGCCGGGUGAGCGACCACAGGAUCAGCAAGCGCAAGCUGCGCACCGAGAUGAUUUCGAAGCCACAGAACGACUUUAAGCACACCGGUCACGUGGGAAUUGACGGAGCCACCUUCGGCGACAUCGCCUUCCUGGGAAGUUCGCAGAACUACAAUCACGUUCCCAAGCAGAUAGUGACGCCCUACAAGCCCUCGGAAGACAUUGAGCAGACGCCACUUCUCCUGCCGCCGACGCCCACCAGUCCCGACUCGCUGCAAACGGCCAGUGGCUAUUUCCCCGAAGGCGCCGGCAGCACCUCCAUGAAUCCCACAUUCAUUCCAUCCGCCGAACACACGCCCAAGCUGAUAUCCACCAACGGGCAGAGCUCCUUCGACUUUGCCAGCGGUUCAACCAAUCCGUUCUUCCUCAACCGAGGCGACGAUGAGCUGGUGUUUGGCCUGCAGAACAACAACUACGGCCUGGAUGGCAAGAGUGUCCAUGAGGCCGGUUGGCGGCCCAGCUCCCGGAGCCUUGUGGAUGAUCCCCACGAAUACCACGAGAUAUCGGACGAUGAGAUGGCGGCCGACAAGCUGGACUUCGGGCCAUCACUGCUGGACGAGAUCAACUCAAUGUUCGGAUCGAUAAGCGGGGCCUCGGGUAGCCAACCCAAGUCGCCGGGAUUCGAUCAUGUGAAUAGCAAGAACGAGUUCGCGGAACUGUCUGUCAAGCUGGGCCAAAAGAGUGGCGACACCAAUGGCAACAAGCAUGGCCAUGGUCUGCUGCCCACGCUCUCGAAAAAGAAAUCGUCGGGCACGGUGAAGCCCAUUUCAGUGAAGGACGAGAAGAUCCUCAAGCAUGCCAUCGAGUUAGCCAACGAGAUUAGUGCCAGAUCGAUGAUUGAUCUGGUCUCUGAUCAGACACCCGCCAUCCACAGUCCCAAGCGCAAGUUCAGCUUCAGGUUUCCGCACUUGAGUAGCAAUGGGGGGAGCGACAAGUCCAGUGUUCUAGGAGGAGCCAGUGGUUCCGCCCACACUCCCACACAUGGCAACGCAUCGCCCUUUUCCAAGAAAAAGAACUUUACCGAGGAGCUGCAGAGCAUUCCGGAUAUUCAGUCGCUCAUUGGGAAGGAGGGACUGGAGGCCUACAACAGCCUGAUCGAGCGCAAGGCCCUGCUGGACAUCGGACCCAGUCCGGCCUCCACCCUGCUCCGCCACCUGGACACCGACGAGUUCGACUUGCAGAGCCUCCACCAGUCGCAGCGCCCGAUGACCUUGCCCACCCGAGGAGCCGCCCAGCGGGUGCGAAAGGCGGAGCUGGCUGCCGGCUUGAGUCGUCCCAACGACGAGAACUCCAAUUCGCUGGAGACCUGCGAGAGUCCCAGCUACAUGACCCACGGCAGCUACAAGUUUCCCGAGGCGCAGCUUCCCGAAACCGAACCCGAAUCACCGAAUCCCAUUCCCCUGCCUCCCCGCGAGGGCAAGAAGCAGGUGAAGACCAGCACCAAGCGCCAUGUGCGCAAGUAUCCGCUGAUUAUCCCGGCCAACGGACUGCAGCGCACCCUCAGCAAGCUGACGGACUUUGGGGAUGAAGCUGGAAAGUCUCCGGAGCUCUCCUCCUCCUCCAGCCAACAGCAGAGAGCGCGAGCCAUCGAAGUGGUGGCCGCGGUCCGGCCGAAUAGCAUGCGACGUCCAUCGCGUCCCUCGGAUCGGGAGUACGAGAACAUGCCGGCGGUGGGCAGUGAAGCAUCGCACACCUACCAGAACCUGGAGAAGUUGGCUCCUGCCGAUGCCGCCGGUCUUACGGACACUGCCUCCCUCCAGUUUGAGUCCAUCCUGGAGGCAGAUUCCAGCAAGGAGGGUAUCCUGCAGUCGCCGGACGUCACCGAUGGCUUCUACAACUUUUCCAUUCAGAAGGAGCACUACAACAAGGGCAAGGACGCCGAGUUCGAGGCCACGCAGAUCUCCGGCUUGUAUGUGAACGACGACGACGAGCUGCGCAACCUGGACAUCGAGAGCAGCCGAAAGACGGCCACUCCGGGCAGCAGUUGCAGCGCCUUGGAGUCGGAGGCCAGCCAGCAGGAUGGACAGCCGCCGGCAGAGGCUGCUCCGGAGGUGAAUCGUCGCUUCUCCACGGCGGACAAUGAGCUGGCUGGAAAUGCACUGUUCAAGAAGGUUCGAGCCUCCGUCAAUAUGGCCAUGAAUCGAAACUCCUUGGCCGAAACGAGUUCGAGUAGCAGUCACCCUGGAGGAGCCUCUGCCAAGCCGCAAACUGAGGCCGAGUACUUUGCAGCCACUGCGGCUCGACUGGCGGACUCGAAUUCCGUGAGCUGCGAGGAUCUGCUGGAGUUCUCCGACAAGAAGCCCAAGGGUUGCGAACGGGGCGUGGACUCGGAUGAAGUGCGCAUUAUGGUGAAGGUUCUUGGCAAGGAUAGUACGCCCAAUCGCUGCCUGGGAGCCCUGGAGUUCAUCAAUUGGGACGUUCACAAGUCCAUCAAGCUCAUCAAGCUGCAGAACCUGGUCAGCGAAGCCAAUCUCAGCCUGGAGGCCUCCUUCGAGGCUCUGCAGCAGCACGAAUGGGAUUUGCACACCACGGCCCACAAACUGAAUGGCCUUAAACUUUAAAUACUCCUCUAAGGCCCCCUACUUUUCGAUCGCCCAGAUCUGUUUUAAAUGACCGCCGUUGCCUUAACCUCAUAACUAUCGUUUCUAAUUUGUAAGCUAAGCAUUGGAUAGACUUAAGUAACUGGAAACUAACGUAAUCACUGCUCGCCAUUGGCUUCCUUCAUUCGGAUCGAUCGAAUCUCAGCAUGUACUUAUUCACGCAUGCUUGGUCUGCAUGCAAGUUACCAGCAUCAAAAUACACAUUUAUACACCUACAUAUGUAGAAAUUUUCAAUAAAUUAAAAACAUUUUAUAUACAA